GGUCCGGCCACUGGUCACUUGUUCGGAGCUCAGGCGACUCGUCUGGCGCAUCUCAACACCAAGACACACAAUGACACGGUCUCAGUAGAGAAGCAUCACCAUGUUCUCUUCUUCAGGGAGUGGGAAGAAGCCCUCGCAACAGACCGCUCAGAUUCUGCCUCGCCGUUUUGGAAGCCGCCCCCACGCGAGAACGCACCGAAAAGAACCGGUCGCGACUCUAACUUGGUUGUCGGAGCAGCCUACUCUCAUGCCGAUAUCCUCAAGUUCGAUUCACUCAAUUUGUCCAGCUCCUCCUCCAGACCGAAGACUCCUCCUACCUCACACUCCGCCAAAGGCCGGCCUAGCGAUGUCUCUCCUCCCUCACGCCCUCAGUCGGGUCUUUCGUCCCCUCCGAUCAAAAGCUACAUCAAUUUCCUCUCCACCACCAACGAUGACUGGAAAGCGGACGAAGACGAGGAAGACAUGAUGGGAUACGAGGACGAUGAUGGUGACGACUUUGGCUUGCCGAGUUUGUCCAACAUGAAGCGUCGAACGCGCAAGAAAGCGGCACAAAACAGGCCAGAUCCAAACGGCGGCCUAUCGCCCAUGAACGACUCUUUCGGUCUGGGGCUACACACACGGAGAUACUCGAAUAGCGCGGACAUUGCCAUCGAAAGGCCUGCACCAACCUAUCCAAUGCCAAAAAAAAGCGAGGGAAAGAUCUUGCGCCCACAGUAUAAGGAGAUUUUGAGGGGUAAGCGCUGUCGCGUGAUGUUCGAAUGGACCGUGCUGACUGCGACAGAUCCGGCGAACGCACUGCACCUAAUCGACCACCCUAUAAUACCCGACGGCGCAACGCCGAAAGAGAUUGACGCUGCCAACUCACGAAUCACCCGUAUCAACAAGUUCAAGAAGAUCCUGCAGGCUUCAACAAUACCGCUGCAGGAACUUCGGCAACUUGCUUGGUCCGGCGUUCCCCAGGAGGUUCGUGCUAUGACAUGGCAACUCCUCUUGAGUUACCUGCCGACAAACAGCGAGAGAAGAGUCGCAACUCUAGAGAGAAAACGAAAGGAGUAUCUUGAUGGAGUUCGUCAGGCUUUCGAACGCGGCAGUAGUGGGGGAAGUGGCACUACCACCGCACCACCCGGGAAAGCGAGAGGGCUGGACGAGGCAAUCUGGCACCAGAUCAGUAUUGACGUGCCAAGAACGAACCCUCACAUUGAACUCUACUCGUACGAAGCGACCCAAAGGUCCCUGGAACGUAUUCUCUACCUAUGGGCCGUGCGACAUCCUGCCAGCGGGUAUGUACAAGGUAUCAAUGACUUGGUAACGCCUUUUUGGCAGGUGUUCCUGAGCACGUAUGUCGCAGACUCUGAUAUUGAAUCGGGCAUGGAUCCCGGUCAGCUGCCAAAAUCAGUUCUGGACGCUGUCGAGGCAGAUUCGUUUUGGUGUUUGACAAAGUUACUGGACGGUAUACAAGAUCACUAUAUUGUGGCUCAACCAGGCAUCCAGCGGCAAGUUACUGCCCUCCGCGAUCUCACCGCAAGGAUCGAUGCGGGGCUAGCGAAACAUCUCGAAAAGGAGCACGUCGAAUUCAUUCAGUUUAGUUUUCGAUGGAUGAACUGUCUCUUGAUGAGAGAGAUAAGUGUAAGGAAUACGAUUAGGAUGUGGGACACUUACUUGGCCGAGGAACAAGGCUUUUCGGAGUUCCACUUGUAUGUUUGCGCGGCUUUCUUGGUCAAGUGGUCAGAUAAGCUUGUGAAGAUGGAUUUCCAGGAAAUAAUGAUGUUUUUGCAGAGCUUGCCAACAAAAUCUUGGACAGAGAAGGACAUUGAACUGUUACUGAGCGAGGCUUUCAUCUGGCAGAGCCUUUUCAAAGGCUCGUCGGCGCACUUGAGAGGACAGCCAAGUCGCACACCCUCAGCAAACAUGCAGCUAUAG